ACUGCAAACGAGCCUGUGAGCGUGAAUCAAACAGGAGCGUGAUGUAUUAUUAAUAUAAUUUCAAAGAAUAUUCUCACGGCAUCAACCAAUAAUACAAUAACAUGCUAUAACAAAUCCACAGUCCAUUGUACUGUAAGCAAACCGUUACAUGCGUUCCUGUGUUGUGUUCAGUGAACUCUGUAUCCUGCUGAAUUUAUCCAGCCAUAUGCAAACUCAGAGCCCCCACUUCCUAUUUAAUGCAGAGCAGAGGCACCCAGAAGGCAGAUGCCAGGGACGCGGGCAACGGUAUAGAAGUGACACACAGUGUAGCGUCUCAUUACUGAACCAGACAUGGGAGGCAUUGCACAGCUCUGCAUCGUACUGUACUGCUUGGCAGGUGUUUGGGCGGACAUUGUGUUGAAGCAGUCCGAUCCUGAGGUUAGAAAGCCAGGAGACUCUGUGAAACUGUCCUGUCAAGACUCCGGGGAAGAUGAGGAUGGGGAUUCCAUCAGUUACUAUCUGAUGAGCUGGAUUCGACAAACUCCUGGGAAGGGUCUGGAAUGGGUGGGCUCCAUUGCCAGCAGUGCUGCUGAUAGUAGUACAAGCUAUGCCCCGUCUGUCCAGGGAAGAUUCACCAUCUCCAGAGACGACUCCAACAGCAUGCUGUAUUUACAAAUGAACAGCCUGAAGACCGAAGACUCUGCCGUGUAUUACUGUGCUGUAGACCAUACGGCUAUAGUAGCUUUCUCUAUAGAAGGUGAUUACUUUGAGUACUGGGGACAAGGCACAACCCUCACCGUUACUUCUGCAAGUCCAUCACCCCCGACGUUGUUUCCGCUUGUUGCGUCAUGCGGUUCGCCAGUGGCCACCGUCCCUCUCACUAUAGGAUGCUUAGCAACCGAAUUCAUGCCUUCCAGCGUGACCUACUCGUGGAUGGAUGACUCACGAACAGCUUUUCCUUCGGAUAAGUACCGCCAGUACCCGCCUGUGCAGAGAGGGGGAACGUUCUCUUCCACUAGCCAGCUCUCCGUCUCCAGCGAGGAGUGGGAAAAUUCCGAGUUCUUCAUCUGCAAAGUAACGAGUAGUACCUACACUGUCGAAAUCCCGGUGCGCAAACCUGUAAUUGUGUCCACAGACCCACCAGAAAUCAGUUUAGUCCAUCUUCCUUGCAAAGACGUUAAAACACCAACGUUCGUACUGACCUGCAUUGUAGUCGACUUCCACUCAGAAGACAUUACAGUAAAGUGGUCUGUUAAUGGGAUUCCUCUAAUGGAUGAAAAAUCUUCACUCAUUCUGAACAAAGAAAAAGGCAAAGACAAGGCCUUCACCUUCAUCAGCCGCCAGGAGAUUUCCAGGGAUGAAUGGAAGAAAGGUAGCACGUUUUCCUGCAUCGUCACACACGGCAAGACUACUACAAACAAGAAUAUCAGCAUGUGUACAGCUUGCUCCAGCACUGAGCCAACUAUUUAUCUCCAAAAACCCCCAUUUGAAGCUGUUCUCAAAGGGAAACAUGUCAGUGCUGAUUGUCUUGUGGUUGGACUCAAAGACAGCAUCAUUUCCUGGAUUGUUGAUGGAAGAGAAAAGGACUCACAAUCAGUUGAUAGCAAACUAAACGGGAAUAAUACCCAAAGCAUCACUAAGCGAUUGACAGUAUCUGCUGCUGAGUGGAAAAGCUACAACAAAAUAAGUUGCAAAGUCAAACACCCUUGUUUCACCAAAGAGGCGUCUAUUACCAGAGAGACAGGUCCCUACAAAAAGCCUGUCCUGGAGCUUCUACGCCCCUCUGAAGAUCAUCUGGGAGCCGACAGCGCAGAGCUGGUAUGCAUCAUUACUGGGUUCUUCCCGAGUGAUAUCUAUGUGAAAUGGCAGAAGGGUGAUAAAGAAAUUGAUGCUGGUCUUUACAAGAACAAUCCUGUCGUUCCUGAGAAAGGGGGAGUCUCCUAUUCAACGUUCAGUAGACUCACAAUCCCCAAAAAUGAGUGGAUGACUAGAAAUACCUACAGCUGCGUGGCUGCUCAUGGGACAGAAAGGUUUACAGCUAAAACACCUGACAAUCUUUUUGCUUGCUCCAGCACUGAGCCAACUAUUUAUCUCCAAAAACCCCCAUUUGAAGCUGUUCUCAAAGGGAAACAUGUCAGUGCUGAUUGUAUUGUGGUUGGACUCAAAGACAGCAUCGUUUCCUGGAUUGUUGAUGGAAGAGAAAAGGACUCACAAUCAGUUGAUAGCAAAAUAAACGGGAAUAAUACCCAAAGCAUCACCAAGCGAUUGACAGUAUCUGCUGCUGAGUGGAAAAGCUACAACAAAAUAAGUUGCCAAGUCAAACACCCUUGUUUCACCAAAGAGGCGUCUAUUACCAAAGAGACAGGUCCCUACAAAAAGCCUGUCCUGGAGCUUCUACGCCCCUCUGAAGAUCAUCUGGGAGCCGACAGCGCAGAGCUGGUAUGCAUCAUUACUGGGUUCUUCCCGAGUGAUAUCUAUGUGAAAUGGCAGAAGGGUGAUAAGGAAAUCGAUUCUGCUCUUUACAAGAACAAUCCUGUCGUUCCUGAGAAAGGGGGAGUCUCCUAUUCAACGUUCAGUAGACUCACAAUCCCCAAAAAUGAGUGGACGACUAGAAAUACCUACAGCUGCGUGGCUGCUCAUGGGACAGAAAGGUUUACAGCUAAAACACCUGAUAAUCUUUUUGCUUGCUCCAGCACUGAGCCAACUAUUUAUCUCCAAAAACCCCCAUUUGAAGCUGUUCUCAAAGGGAAACAUGUCAGUGCUGAUUGUCUUGUGGUUGGACUCAAAGACAGCAUCAUUUCCUGGAUUGUUGAUGGAAGAGAAAAGGACUCACAAUCAGUUGAUAGCAAACUAAACGGGAAUAAUACCCAAAGCAUCACCAAGCGAUUGACAGUAUCUGCUGCUGAGUGGAAAAGCUACAACAAAAUUAGUUGCCAAGUCAAACACCCUUGUUUCACCAAAGAGGCGUCUAUUACCAAAGAGACAGGUCCCUACAAAAAGCCUGUCCUGGAGCUUCUACGCCCCUCUGAAGAUCAUCUGGGAGCCGACAGCGCAGAGCUGGUAUGCAUCAUUACUGGGUUCUUCCCGAGUGAUAUCUAUGUGAAAUGGCAGAAGGGUGAUAAGGAAAUCGAUUCUGCUCUUUACAAGAACAAUCCUGUCGUUCCUGAGAAAGGGGGAGUCUCCUAUUCAACGUUCAGUAGACUCACAAUCCCCAAAAAUGAGUGGAUGACUAGAAAUACCUACAGCUGCGUGGCUGCUCAUGGGACAGAAAGGUUUACAGCUAAAACACCUGACAAUCUUUUUGCUUGCUCCAGCACUGAGCCAACUAUUUAUCUCCAAAAACCCCCAUUUGAAGCUGUUCUCAAAGGGAAACAUGUCAGUGCUGAUUGUCUUGUGGUUGGACUCAAAGACAGCAUCAUUUCCUGGAUUGUUGAUGGAAGAGAAAAGGACUCACAAUCAGUUGAUAGCAAACUAAACGGGAAUAAUACCCAAAGCAUCACCAAGCGAUUGACAGUAUCUGCUGCUGAGUGGAAAAGCUACAACAAAAUUAGUUGCCAAGUCAAACACCCUUGUUUCACCAAAGAGGCGUCUAUUACCAGAGAGACAGGUCCCUACAAAAAGCCUGUCCUGGAGCUUCUACGCCCCUCUGAAGAUCAUCUGGGAGCCGACAGCGCAGAGCUGGUAUGCAUCAUUACUGGGUUCUUCCCGAGUGAUAUCUAUGUGAAAUGGCAGAAGGGUGAUAAGGAAAUCGAUUCUGCUCUUUACAAGAACAAUCCUGUCGUUCCUGAGAAAGGGGGAGUCUCCUAUUCAACGUUCAGUAGACUCACAAUCCCCAAAAAUGAGUGGACGAAUAGAAAUACCUACAGCUGCGUGGCUGCUCAUGGGACAGAAAGGUUUACAGCUAAAACACCUGAUAAUCUUUUUGCUUGCUCCAGCACUGAGCCAACUAUUUAUCUCCAAAAACCCCCAUUUGAAGCUGUUCUCAAAGGGAAACAUGUCAGUGCUGAUUGUCUUGUGGUUGGACUCAAAGACAGCAUCAUUUCCUGGAUUGUUGAUGGAAGAGAAAAGGACUCAAAAUCAGUUGAUAGCAAAAUAAACGGGAAUAAUACCCAAAGCAUCACCAAGCGAUUGACAGUAUCUGCUGCUGAGUGGAAAAGCUACAACAAAAUAAGUUGCCAAGUCAAACACCCUUGUUUCACCAAAGAGGCGUCUAUUACCAAAGAGACAGGUCCCUACAAAAAGCCUGUCCUGGAGCUUCUACGCCCCUCUGAAGAUCAUCUGGGAGCCGACAGCGCAGAGCUGGUAUGCAUCAUUACUGGGUUCUUCCCGAGUGAUAUCUAUGUGAAAUGGCAGAAGGGUGAUAAGGAAAUCGAUUCUGCUCUUUACAAGAACAAUCCUGUCGUUCCUGAGAAAGGGGGAGUCUCCUAUUCAACGUUCAGUAGACUCACAAUCCCCAAAAAUGAGUGGACGACUCGGAAUACCUACAGCUGCGUGGCUGCUCAUGGGACAGAAAGGUUUACAGCUAAAACACCUGAUAAUCUUUUUGCUUGCUCCAGCACUGAGCCAACUAUUUAUCUCCAAAAACCCCCAUUUGAAGCUGUUCUCAAAGGGAAACAUGUCAGUGCUGAUUGUCUUGUGGUUGGACUCAAAGACAGCAUCAUUUCCUGGAUUGUUGAUGGAAGAGAAAAGGACUCAAAAUCAGUUGAUAGCAAAAUAAACGGGAAUAAUACCCAAAGCAUCACCAAGCGAUUGACAGUAUCUGCUGCUGAGUGGAAAAGCUACAACAAAAUAAGUUGCCAAGUCAAACACCCUUGUUUCACCAAAGAGGCGUCUAUUACCAAAGAGACAGGUCCCUACAAAAAGCCUGUCCUGGAGCUUCUACGCCCCUCUGAAGAUCAUCUGGGAGCCGACAGCGCAGAGCUGGUAUGCAUCAUUACUGGGUUCUUCCCGAGUGAUAUCUAUGUGAAAUGGCAGAAGGGUGAUAAGGAAAUCGAUUCUGCUCUUUACAAGAACAAUCCUGUCGUUCCUGAGAAAGGGGGAGUCUCCUAUUCAACGUUCAGUAGACUCACAAUCCCCAAAAAUGAGUGGACGAAUAGAAAUACCUACAGCUGCGUGGCUGCUCAUGGGACAGAAAGGUUUACAGCUAAAACACCUGAUAAUCUUUUUGCUUGCUCCAGCACUGAGCCAACUAUUUAUCUCCAAAAACCCCCAUUUGAAGCUGUUCUCAAAGGGAAACAUGUCAGUGCUGAUUGUCUUGUGGUUGGACUCAAAGACAGCAUCAUUUCCUGGAUUGUUGAUGGAGGAGAAAAGGACUCACAAUCAGUUGAUAACAAACUAAACGGGAAUAAUACCCAAAGCAUCACCAAGCGAUUGACAGUAUCUGCUGCUGAGUGGAAAAGCUACAACAAAAUUAGUUGCCAAGUCAAACACCCUUGUUUCACCAAAGAGGCGUCUAUUACCAGAGAGACAGGUCCCUACAAAAAGCCUGUCCUGGAGCUUCUACGCCCCUCUGAAGAUCAUCUGGGAGCCGACAGCGCAGAGCUGGUAUGCAUCAUUACUGGGUUCUUCCCGAGUGAUAUCUAUGUGAAAUGGCAGAAGGGUGAUAAGGAAAUCGAUUCUGCUCUUUACAAGAACAAUCCUGUCGUUCCUGAGAAAGGGGGAGUCUCCUAUUCAACGUUCAGUAGACUCACAAUCCCCAAAAAUGAGUGGACGACUAGAAAUACCUACAGCUGCGUGGCUGCUCAUGGGACAGAAAGGUUUACAGCUAAAACACCUGAUAAUCUUUUUGCUUGCUCCAGCACUGAGCCAACUAUUUAUCUCCAAAAACCCCCAUUUGAAGCUGUUCUCAAAGGGAAACAUGUCAGUGCUGAUUGUCUUGUGGUUGGACUCAAAGACAGCAUCAUUUCCUGGAUUGUUGAUGGAAGAGAAAAGGACUCACAAUCAGUUGAUAGCAAACUAAACGGGAAUAAUACCCAAAGCAUCACCAAGCGAUUGACAGUAUCUGCUGCUGAGUGGAAAAGCUACAACAAAAUUAGUUGCCAAGUCAAACACCCUUGUUUCACCAAAGAGGCGUCUAUUACCAAAGAGACAGGUCCCUACAAAAAGCCUGUCCUGGAGCUUCUACGCCCCUCUGAAGAUCAUCUGGGAGCCGACAGCGCAGAGCUGGUAUGCAUCAUUACUGGGUUCUUCCCGAGUGAUAUCUAUGUGAAAUGGCAGAAGGGUGAUAAGGAAAUCGAUUCUGCUCUUUACAAGAACAAUCCUGUCGUUCCUGAGAAAGGGGGAGUCUCCUAUUCAACGUUCAGUAGACUCACAAUCCCCAAAAAUGAGUGGACGACUAGAAAUACCUACAGCUGCGUGGCUGCUCAUGGGACAGAAAGGUUUACAGCUAAAACACCUGAUAAUCUUUUUGCUUGCUCCAGCACUGAGCCAACUAUUUAUCUCCAAAAACCCCCAUUUGAAGCUGUUCUCAAAGGGGAACAUGUCAGUGCUGAUUGUCUUGUGGUUGGACUCAAAGACAGCAUCGUUUCCUGGAUUGUUGAUGGAAGAGAAAAGGACUCACAAUCAGUUGAUAGCAAAAUAAACGGGAAUAAUACCCAAAGCAUCACCAAGCGAUUGACAGUAUCUGCUGCUGAGUGGAAAAGCUACAACAAAAUAAGUUGCCAAGUCAAACACCCUUGUUUCACCAAAGAGGCGUCUAUUACCAGAGAGACAGGUCCCUACAAAAAGCCUGUCCUGGAGCUUCUACGCCCCUCUGAAGAUCAUCUGGGAGCCGACAGCGCAGAGCUGGUAUGCAUCAUUACUGGGUUCUUCCCGAGUGAUAUCUAUGUGAAAUGGCAGAAGGGUGAUAAAGAAAUUGAUGCUGGUCUUUACAAGAACAAUCCUGUCGUUCCUGAGAAAGGGGGAGUCUCCUAUUCAACGUUCAGUAGACUCACAAUCCCCAAAAAUGAGUGGACGACUAGAAAUACCUACAGCUGCGUGGCUGCUCAUGGGACAGAAAGGUUUACAGCUAAAACACCUGACAAUCUUUUUGCUUGCUGCAGCACUGAGCCAACAAUCUAUCUCCAAAAACCCCCAUUUGAAGCUGUUUUCAGAGGGGAAAAUGUCAGUGCUGAUUGUCUUGUGGUUGGACUCAAAGACAGCAUCGUUUCCUGGAUUGUUGAUGGAAGAGAAAAGGACUCACAAUCAGUUGAUAGCAAACUAAUCGGGAAUAAUACCCAAAGCAUCACCAAGCGAUUGACAGUAUCUGCUGCUGAGUGGAAAAGCUACAACAAAACCAGUUGCAAAGUCAAACACCCUUGUUUCACCAAAGAGGCGUCUAUUACCAAAGAGACAGGUCCCUACAAAAAGCCUGUCCUGGAGCUUCUACGCCCCUCUGAAGAUCAUCUGGGAGCCGACAGCGCAGAGCUGGUAUGCAUCAUUACUGGGUUCUUCCCGAGUGAUAUCUAUGUGAAAUGGCAGAAGGGUGAUAAGGAAAUCGAUUCUGCUCUUUACAAGAACAAUCCUGUCGUUCCUGAGAAAGGGGGAGCCUCCUAUUCAACGGUCAGUAGACUCACAAUCCCCAAAAAUGAGUGGACGACUCAGAAUACCUACAGCUGCGUGGCUGCUCAUGGGACAGAAAGGUUUACAGCUAAAACACCUGACAAUCUUUUUGCUUCUGUGAUACCAACAAAGCCAACAAUACACCUUCUUCAGUCCACGAGUGACUUGGUCUGCUUGGUGCAUGGAUAUAGCCCAAAGCACAUUGUAAUCAAUUGGCUUUUGAAUGAGGAGCCUGUGUCUCAAAACUACACGAUGGCUCAGCCAUCGAUGGGAAUGGACGGUAAAUUCAGCACCAGAAGCCAGAUCCUCUAUUCUGUGAGAGAAUGGAAACCUGGCAUGGUCUAUACCUGCAUGGUGAAUCAUCCAGCCACCAACACAAUCUUGUCCCGUAACAUCAGUAAGCCAGAGAUUAUAGAAGAGAAAGAUUUCCAUGAUGACAAUGUUGAUUAUUUUGUGCCAGAGGACGACAUGCAGGGGGUGUGGACCACAGCAUGCACCUUCAUCAUUCUCUUUCUCCUCUCCUUCCUCUACAGCAGUUUCGUCACGGUGGUAAAGGUAAAAAAAUGAGGUUCUGCUUUUGAAAACAAGAGAUUGACUCAGAAGAGGAAUAUGGAGGUGGAGUUCUACUGUUGCCUUGCCUGCAACAUAUGAAUAAUGCUUUUAUAAUAAUAAUAAUAAUUGUAAUCAAGUUUGAAGUAACAAUUGUGCGUAUAGUGCGAACACCUGAAUAACAUUUGCCGUAUUUACUCAAAUUUAAAAAGACCCUUAAUUUCGCGGAACACGAUAUUACCGUACGGUUUCUCUUUUCUUCAAGGAAACUUAAAAAAAAAAAAAAAAAAACCUGCACCAGAAAAUGUGCGUGAAGUUCACUGCAUAGCAUUUGAAUAUACCGAUACUGUAGCGAGAGUAACGAUUGUAGUGAGCAGCAGCUCUCGUUCAAGCACGCCAGAAUAAUUGACAUUAGCAAAUUUAAAUUAAUUCACAUUGAAAAACCCUGAAUCCGAGUCACCUUGAAUCCAAGGUGCUCUAAAUCCAAGUCACCCUGAAUCCAAGUCACCCUGAAUCCCGGUCACCUUGAAUCCCAGUUGCCCUGAAUCCCAGUCGCCCUGAAUCCAAGUCACCUUGAAUCCCAGUCGCCCUGAAUCCAAGUCACCUUGAAUCCCAGUCGCCCUGAAUCCAAGUUGCCCUGAAUCCAAGUCGCCCUGAGUCUAAGUUGUUCUACCCAAAUUUUAGCUUUUAUUUCAGUAAAAAAAAAAAGCCUGACUUAAAUUUGAGUAAUUACAGUAAUAUUUUUUUUCAGAUAUGUGUUUUUAACUAGUGCCUGAAAGCAUUGUGCUUAGAUAGAUUGUGUUUAGAUACUGUCUUAAUUCAUACCGAUGCCAUCCUGCAUUUAUUUUGGAACCACAUCUGCUCAUAAAUCCUUUUGGCACCAUUUGUAGAACUAGGGGAAGUCAACUGCUUUGGUGUUAAAGGCUGAUGAUUAGACUGUGAAGAGGGUGCGCAUAAUGUCAUGUAACAGUGUGAGUGUGUGUAACUUUUGGAAAUAACUCAGCCAUGGAUAAUGAUUCAUUCCUAAUU